CAAUUAAAUCUCUCUUUCACUCAUUGACCUCAUCCUCUCCCCUGUCCAUUUGGAAACCACCUAUAUAUAUGGCAACCACAACCUCUUACACAAACAUACCAUCUGUGUAGCCACCCUUCUUCCGUCCUUCUUCUCUUCUUUCUCUCCCCAUAACAAUGGCUGACCCUAAUCCAUUCCUUCCUGUCUCUCAGCCUCUUCAACCCACCUACACUUCUCUCCCAGAUGGCACCCACCCCUCCGGAUCUCCACCCACCCACUGCAUCCCCUCCAAGAAACUGCUCCUCGGGAUCUUUUCUGGGUUAGUCAUGGUUUUCUUAUUUGUAGCUUUAAUUGGUAAUCGGAAUGGAUCACAGCUAAACAUUUAUCCACAACAAGAUGAAAAUGUGGUGUCAUUGGCUUCGCCGACAGAGACGGCGAAACCGGAGACUUUGAGGCCUAUCUCCCGCGGUAAAUCUGCCGGUGUGUCUGAGAAGGCUAACCUUAUUUCUGGCGUAUCGGAAUCGUCGACGGAUCAGUAUCCAUGGAACAAUAGCAUGUUAUCAUGGCAAAGAACUGCUUUCCACUUCCAGCCUGAGAAGAACUGGAUGAAUGAUCCGAAUGGUCCAUUGUUUUACAAGGGGUGGUACCAUUUCUUCUACCAGUACAAUCCAAAUGCUGCAGUAUGGGGUGACAUUGUCUGGGGCCAUGCUGUAUCAAGGGACUUGAUUCACUGGCUUCACCUCCCAUUGGCAAUGGUUGCUGAUCAAUGGUACGACCAAAAUGGUGUAUGGACUGGCUCCGCCACCAUCCUCCCAGAUGGUAAAAUUGUCAUGCUAUACACUGGAUCCACCAAUGAAUCUGUUCAGGUGCAGAAUCUUGCUUAUCCAGCAGACCCCAAUGAUCCUCUUCUCCUAGACUGGGUCAAAUACUCUGGCAAUCCAGUUUUAGUCCCACCACCAGGCAUUGGCACCAAGGACUUCCGUGACCCAACCACAGCUUGGUACACUUCUGAGGGGAAAUGGCGCAUCAGCAUAGGAUCUAAAAUUGGCAAAACUGGCAUUGCUUUGAUUUAUGACACUGAGGACUUCAUAAAUUAUAAGUUGCAGCCUCAGGCACUUCAUGGUGUCCCCGGCACUGGCAUGUGGGAGUGUGUGGACUUUUACCCUGUUUCAAGGACGAGUCAAAAUGGAGUGGAUACAUCUGCCACUGGGCCUGAAGUGAAGCAUGUGGUUAAGGCAAGCCUUGAUGAUGAUAGGCAUGAUUACUAUGCGCUUGGAACUUACAACGAAGUCACCAGUACAUGGACUCCUGAUAAUCCAGAGAUUGAUGUUGGUAUUGGUCUUAGAUAUGAUUAUGGUAUAUUCUACGCAUCCAAGACAUUUUAUGAUCAGAAUAAGGGGAGAAGGGUGUUGUGGGGCUGGAUUGGCGAGUCUGAUAGUGAAGUUGCUGACGUUAAGAAAGGAUGGGCAUCUCUUCAGGGCAUUCCAAGGACAGUUACUUUGGACACAAAGACUGGCAGCAAUCUACUUCAAUGGCCAGUGGAAGAGGUGGAAAGUUUGAGACUGAGAAGCAAUGAAUUUAACAAGGUGGAGGUCAAGCCAGGGUCCGUUGUGCCCCUUGAUCUUGACGCAGCCACACAGCUAGAUAUUGUUGCGGAGUUUGAGUUAGACAAGAAGGCUUUGGAGAAGACAGCUGAAUCCAACGAGGAGUUCAGCUGCACUACCAGUCAUGGUGCUCGUCACCGCAAUGCGUUAGGACCAUUUGGUCUUCUGGUUCUUGCUGAUGACAGCCUUGUUGAGCAGACCCCUGUAUACUUCUACGUUCAAAAAAGCAAUGGCACCCUCAAAACUUUCUUCUGCACAGACCAAUCAAGGUCUUCUGCAGCAAAUGAUGUUAACAAACAAAUUUAUGGUAACUUCGUUCCAGUCCUGGAGGGUGAAAAGUUCACUCUAAGGGUAUUGGUGGAUCAUUCAAUAAUUGAAAGCUUUGCCCAAGGGGGAAGAACAACCAUCAGCUCUCGGGUUUAUCCGACAAGGGCAAUCUACGGGAGUGCCAAGCUAUUUUUGUUCAACAAUGCCAUUGAAGCCGAUGUGACUGCUUCACUGAAGAUAUGGCAAAUGAAUUCCGCAUUCAUUCGUCCUUAUCCAAAUACUCGGUAGACCUUGAAACUUACCUUUCCAAGUCUACCUCAUUUCUUGCAACUUGUACAAUAAUUUUUGUCUCCUUUGCCAUUAUUUGUUUCCCCUGUUUCUUCAUUUUUUUUUCCUGUUAAAGUUUAAGAGAUAGGUCGACUAGAAUAUGUAAGCGUGUAUGCUCAAACAGAGCAUAGUGUGAUUAUAUAGCGAUUGAUUCUGAAAAUUUUCU